AUGGACCACACCCAGGGUGGCACACCUGAUUCCCACGCCAGUAUAUGCCACUCUGCUGAGUUGGCUCAAAUUGAGUAUGCUCUGAGUCUGCUGUGGGAAUCAGAUGUAGAAGAAGAAGAUAUCCAGGCUAUCCAGGCCCACUGUUCACAUUGUCCACGCUGCCCACAAUAUCCUUGUCCCAGCGGUGGAGUAGCGCCUGCCACUUCCUCUUCUGCACAGCAGUGGGAGGCAAGGGAUGCUCCAGCUCCAGCUACUAGGAACAGCUCAAGCAUCAACUCAUUCAUUGCUGACCUUGCAGCCGCCCAUUCUGUUUCACCAGCAUUUCAAACAGAUGAGUGGUUGCAAAAUGUGAAAGCACUUAUGUUCAAGGAGGGGCGUACUUUGGAUGCAAUAUGGACAGACCUUCCUCCUCCAAAGCCAUCCAAAAAGAGGUUUGAACAAUGGCAUGCAAUUGGUUGUAAAUUUGCAGCCAUUGCAUCUGGUGAUGGAUGGAAUGACGCCAUGGAAAAUAGGGAAUACAUUAAGGUAGCCUUCAGAUGGCUACGCCAACUUUUGCCCAUCAAGAUGGAAAAAUAUUUCAUCUGCUUCCACAUUGAUAUGAUUGCUGGAAAAUGUGUCUGCUCCCAGUGGACAACUUCAGAGUGCCCUUUCAGCAGUAUGGUCAAGCUCUUCUUGGCACUGACCAUGCUGAGGGGCAUUUUCUAA